AGAAAGGAUCAUGCCUGGAGAGCCUUGAUUGAGGCUUCUCGAGAAGGCCAUAUUGAAGUGGUACGCGUACUGCUUAAUGAGAAUCCUUUUGGUGGGAUGGAAGGGAAUGACAUGAGCAUGGAUUCGCUAUUCUAUGCCGAGAGCGAGGAACAUGAAGAAAUCAUCUAUCGCUUGCAGCCUUACUCUGAGAAUCAUACGCCCGUCGUCGGAUCGACUGAUUAAACACAAGUCGCUUUGUGCAUGGUUAUACUUGUGUAGAAUAAUUAUGGAUAUACGACAGACCUUUCUGCUUGUACUUGUAACCAUGCAAAGCGUCUCUGCAUCAGCUAGUUCUGUCAUGAUACAACGAAAAUAGUGUGGUAUCGGAAGGUGUAGUGUAAAAUGUCACUUCGUAGACAAGAGAUGAGGAAAACCUUUAAGAAGUAGA